CUGAGAGCACAAAAUAAGAACGGUCGUGAAAAUUACAAUUUGAGGAACUACUCAUUGCACGAUUUCUUUUGUAAUUCUGGGGAACACACUUAUCAUAAAUGUCGAAAAUUUCCCCUUGGCGACGAAAUGGAGGAAAUCACAGCUCCGAAAGCGAAGAGGAAUCUUCUGAAACAUUUUUAGACAUCAAUUUGAAUUUCUCUUCGAAUGGCAAUUCUUCGGGAAAGAUCGUAGGAUUCCCUCCCAUCACUGAUGAAUUGGAUAAGAAAGGAAGCACACCUUGUAUAUCGUUCAUGGACGAAGAUUUAAUGAUAAAUCACACAAAGAAAAUGCCAGAACAUAUGAAACAGCGAUGGAGAAGGGCUGCAAUAUGGGUGACGGUAUUCUGCAUUGUUGUAUCUUUUAGUAUAACAAUUGCUUCGUUUCGAGCCGCCGGGGCGUACGACAGCUCUUCUGCUCUCGCGCUCGCAUUUGAUUGUGCUAAUGCUUUCUUAUGCUCCUUCGUUGUUCUGUGGAGAUUCAAGACAGCAAAGAACGGCAGUUUGGGGUAUAAAAGAGAGAGAAUAUCCUGUCUUGUGUUUGCGACUUCUUUUAUUGUCAGCGGAACUUUGACUGCGGGAUUAUCAAUCAAAAGAAUUGUCGAGAAAGAUCAUCCCACCAAAACGUUUUGCAUCGUGGCUGUUCUAAGCGUUGGUUGCUUUCUGUACACUUUGCUAGCCGUGAUGCAGUGUUACGUUUCUAAGAAACUUCUAAGUUCAGCGAUGCUCGGGAGCUGUAUAGACUCCGUGUUAUCGGCUGCACUAAUGUUUGGCCUUCUUAUUAGUAACUGCGCCUUUUUACUUGUUCAUACAGACUUGUGGUAUCUAGACCAUUCCAUGGCAAUUUUAGUUGCACUAGUGACAAUACUUUGCGGCUUGCAAAUUCUGGUGGAAGUGUUGUUUUAUAAGAAACUUCCAAUAGAUAUGAUGCCUUGUAAGGAAUGCUAUUAGCGCCAUAACUAAGUUAUGCCCAUAUAAAUUUAUUUCUGUCUCUUAAACAUAUCAAUCUGCUAAAAUUUGCAUAAUAAUUUAUCAAGAGUAAUCACUAUAUAUCAGGACAGAUAUCAUCCUCAAUAAUCCGUGCGCUUUUAAGUAUUUGCCGAAGAAAGCUUCACUAGAUGACAACUUUCUGUGUUACCAUGUAGUCUUUUAUCAGUUUUUUAAAUUUGCAAAGUCUCCAUUCAGGCGAGUUGAUAUCCCGCUGUGCUGACGCAUACUUUCCCUGAGAAAGAACCGGCAUGCAGUGUGUUAAUACAUAUAUGUCCUCUUGUUGUUCUUCAAUGGGGAGUUCGUGUGCCGGCCUUAGGUAGCCUUUAGGGGUAGCAGCUAGCAACUUAAAAAUAUAUUGCAAGGUGCUGAAGCGAAAAUUUUCCUUGUGAAAAGUAACUGAUCAUUGACCAUUUCCCGGUGCAAAAUAACAAUUAGUCAUCAGAAACGCGAAUUUAGCCGGUUGUCGUCAAUUUCACGAUUAUGAAAGGAGAAAAAGAAGAUUGAACGCUUUCCUGAUCGCAUAAACUCCUGUCGUGAGGAAAAAGCCGCCACUUUAUGCGCCGCAUGUCAAUUAAUUCGUCGGGCAAAUCACUUUGACACCCAUUCCUC